AACAACAACCGACAUCAGCAGAUCCUGUGUCCUAAAACCUGUGUUACCUCAUGGGAGUUGAAGUCCAUGGAGUCCCUUUGCUUCGUGAUGAGCCGAGUGCCUGUGAACUGCAUCUCCCAGCACUCAUUUUACCGGGGGGUGUCCACAUGGUUCAGGAGGUGUUGUGAAACUCUUGCACCUGACUGGGUUUCUCAUCACUGUCCACACACUGAUGCACAGUCCUGUCCUUCCAUGAGGUAGCAGGAAAAACAUCACACCCAUGUCUCAACACACUAAGAAUAGAAGUUCACUGAACAAGACCAAGACGCAGGAUUUGCCUCUUAGUUUCAGAGGAAAACGAACAAAGAAGCUUCCUGAUAACAUGGAAAAUCAAUCUGCAGUGGUGUUUCGAAAUGUGGGGCAACUCUACUUCUCCCAAACCAGAGUGGAGUGUCACUACAGUCUGACCUCUGACCACCAGUGGAGCAACAAAGACUGGAUAGGGAUUUUUGAGAUGGGCUGGACCUCACUGAAAAAGUAUUACACGUACACAUGGGCUGUUGUUCCUGAAGGUUACACUGAGGGAGCCAGUGUCAACUGCUGUGUCCUUUUCCACGCCUGUUACCUGCCCCGCCCUGGUACAGUGGAGUACCAGUUUGUGUACGUGGAUAAGAUGGGACACGUGUGCACUCGUAGUCGGCCCUUCACGUUCAAUGCUCCCAAACCUCUGGAGGAGCUGGAGACUCUGAAAGAGGAACAGGAUGAGGAGCUGCUCCUGGUCAUUCCCAGAGCUCAGCUGCUGCAGAGUCGCCUGGAGGAAUGUUUAAAAAAACAGAUGGACUUAGAGCGCGGCCUGGAGGAGGCAAAGCAGGAGGCAGACGACGAGAGAAACAAGAGCAGAAGAUUAAAGAUGGAGUGGGAGAACGAGAGAGAAGCGAUGAAGGAGGAGAUGACAGAGCUCAGAGAAAACCUGAGACACACCUGUGACAUGCUGGAGAAGAUGGAGGGAAAACACCAGGAUGCAAGGUGUAGUCAAGAGAGUCUGACCUCUCAACGGAGCAAACUUAUGGCUGACAAGACUGAGUGUGAGCAGCGAAUCAAAGACCUGGAGGACGAAGUCAAAGGUCUGACGGAAAGGAAGGAAGAAGGAAAAGUGGAACUGGAAAGGCUGAGGGAGAGACUGAAGAAGAUGUCCAGUCAAAUGAAACACAACGAGGAAAAGAGAAAGACUCUGCAGGUGGAGGUUGACGCCGGUCUGGCAGAGGUUCGAGGGCUACAGGAGCGCCUGGAGGCCAGUGAGCAUGUGAACGAGUGCCUGCGCAGGGAGCUGAGGGAGCUGUCCACCCAUCAAGCCCACACCCACACUGAGCUGCACCAGGCCCGUCUGCAGGUGGCCCAGCUCAGCCUGCAGCUGUCUGAGGAGAACCUGGUCCUCAGGGAGGAGCGUGCCAGCUGGGCUCUGGAGAGAGAGGCGAACAAACAAGCAGCAGAAGCGGCGAACAAGAAAAUACAAGAACUGAGCUGUGAGGUGCAGAGGAAGGAGGACUGGCUGCAGGAGGAGAGGGUGGAGAGGGAGAAGCUGGAAGUGGAGCUCGGGAGAGAGAGAGAUCAACAAAGAGUGCUGCUCAGUGAAGCCAAUCAGGAGCUGCAGGAGCUGAAGGCCAGUCUGAGGAAAGUCCAGACAGAGAGAGAGGAGCAGCAGCUCCAGACACAGGACAAGAUGAUGUGGGCGGGGCCUCCAGCUGAGGAACAGAAACAACGGAGGCCUCCAGAACUCAUCCACCCGGUCCUGAGUGAGCUGACUGACUCCCCCAUGUGGUGACACAGAGACGGACGGCUGGACCACAGGCUGCUUCUUUUUUUUUUUGUUUUUUUACAUAAUUAGUUUUUUCAAAUAAAUGUGAUCUUGCCAUGGUUUCAUGUAGAAAACGGCCGUGAUAUAGAUCCUUUACCUUGUGAGCGCCUGAAUUCAGAGACAAGUUGAUGCAGUGGUGAAUCGUCAGUAUUUAAUAGUGUGUGUGACUCAUGGUUUUUCUGACUGGUUUAGGAUUUACAAUUUAUUUAAGGAGAAUAUAGGACAUCUUUAUUUGUUUUCUUUUUGUUUUUUGUUCUAUAAAGUUUUUUAUAUUAAAAUGUGAAUGUUGUGAUAUGUGAUUAUGACAAAUGAUGUCAUUAUUAGCUGGAAUUGGGGACGUUACAUGAUGUUAUUGUGGUUUAUCGGCCCCUAACCAUGUGUGUGUGUGUGUGUGAAAUGUUCUGUUGCAGUUUGCUGAGCUGAAUGUCACAUGGAGAGACGAGCGUUCUAAUAUAAUAAUAAAUACACACUGAUGUCUUCCUCUUAACCUAUUUAACUAUUUGUUACGUUGUCUGACAAAUUAUAAAUAUCAUUCAAUAAAGUAAAUAAGCCUCA